AUGAGCGACAGUCCUGUAUUCGCCGAGUACGGUGGCCUGGGCAUCCACAACCUCCCAGGCCCGUUGUUCCCCUUCGAUUUCUACAAGGAAGAUCCCAUAGCUGUCGAUCCGGGACUGACGCUCUCUCCAUACGCUACCUCACCAGACUCGCCAUUUACCUCUCCAGAACCAAUGCCAUUGCCUUCGCCGCCGAGCUGCAAUGAGUAUUUCGCCGACCACAGAGACAGCAUUGGCAGUCUCGACACAACAACCAUAGCCCCUCACGAGACUGUCACUAACACUGUCGCCGUCAAAAACAGCAGUCACGGCAGCCACAGCAACAAUGCCAAAAGCAAUAACAACAGACCGAGCAAAGCAACGCCCAGCUCAGCAUCGGCAUCGGCAUCAGUAUCAACAUCAACAUCAACGCCAACGGCAGCUCCUCAACCACCCACCAAUACUUCCCCCAUGCUGACAAGGACAAGAAAGGCCUCUUCCCAAAACGUGGAUGCUUCGAGCUCAGCAGCUCAACCUCGCGCUAAGAAGCAAAAGACGGCUGCUUCGGCUCAGUCCAUCACCGUCAAGCAAGAGCCCCAGGAACCUCAGCAACAGCGGCAACGUCAGUCCCCGCCACCGCCGAAACGAAAACCCUCGCGCAGAGGCUCAACGGCAAAGAAGGAAGAUGUUGCCCAACGCACCAAGAAUCUGGAGCGGAAUCGCAUAGCCGCAUCCAAGUGUCGCCAAAAGAAGAAGGAAUGGGUGGUCGAGCUGGAGGAGACCAAGACCAGCAUGGAGCUACGCCACAACACUCUGCGCAUGGAGUACUUCCAGCUGCUCGACGAAGUCACAAGCAUAAAAAAUCAGCUCAUGGCCCAUGCGACGUGCAAUGAUCCUAACAUCAACUUCUGGAUCGAGAAGGAAGCGCUCAAGUACGUUGAGAGAUGCAUGGACCCCGCUCAGGAGCGGCGUCCAUCCAUUGUUGCCAAUGCCGCAUCAGGAUCUUGCACAUUGCCUUCACCGGCAGAGUCUAAUCGGUCUCAGCAGGAGUCACCACUACCCAAGCCCGAAGGCGGCAUCAAUCUUGACUAUAUGCCUGACGAGCUGCUAACUGGUGACUUUGUCUGA